UGACUGAUGAUGAGGAUAAAGGGGCGGCGUAGUAAAUAUAAAAGGAAAGAGCAUACACGAACUGACCUCAUACGUACACUGAUGAGUCUACUAAAUACCAAAGAAACACAGUGACUAUCUGUAACUUGCAAGCAGAGGGUGUGCCAUUACCACUUGUUACCGGACACAGCACAACCGGCGAUACAAAGUUAUUAGGCUUAACAUCCUGCAUAUAAUAUCAGAAUUGAACUACUUUGUGCAUAAACGAUGGGAGGAUUAAAGACAUUAGGACUUAUCAUCGUAAUCUUCGGAAUAGCAGCUGCAAAAUCAUUGGGUUCAGAGCAACUACAGAUUGAGAUUUUAGACAAGCAUCAAACUUUUCUACUGAAUCUUCAAAGUCAAUAUGACGACCUAAUACAACGCCAAGUAGACAUGAAGGAAUUAGUAAGCGAAAUUGUUCUGAAAAACACACAGUUGCAACAAAGAAAUGAAGAAUUAGAAUUACGAUUACGAAUUGUUGAAGAUUUUCUCAGGGAAUAUACGUUAUCAAAUAAAGACCAACCUAGUUUGUUAGACAACUUUGGCAACACGGAAGCUGAGUUAGUAGGUAAAAGCGGAGCCUCUGACGAUUGUGAGGAUCGUUUGGCUGCAGUAAAUAAUAUCCGCUCGAAUAUCAACCAAGAAAAUAAUGGUGAACAGAAAAACGUAAACGAGUUGACGAACAUUUUGAAAAGUUAUGAGCACUAUUUCAAAGAAGUUUGCCUUCCAGAGAAUUUAGAAUUUCCAAGGGACAACAAACACUCAAGUUUGAGUGAAUUCCUUGGAAAUCGAGAGGCAGAAAUAUUCGAAUACAAACGAACUCGCACUAGAAAAGCGAAACGAAGUUUCCAUGAUUCCGCUAGCGAAUCUUCAAGCGAAAAACAUAUUCCUCAAAAUGACCUAACGUUAUAUGAAUCCGCUUUCUUGAAACUGAACGAAAACGUUGAGAUGCUGAGUGGACGUCUAGGACAUUUGGAGAAGUCACACCGGAACAUCUAUAAUAACCUCAGAGAUCUUAAACUCAGAGAUCAAAUCAGGAAACAAGAAGAAAGCUCAUAUGAAAGAGUCCGUCGAAACACAUUGACAAGUGCAACGCACUCAGUUUUCUCAGCGACCAGGACAAGUAAUCUGUAUGGCUCAAACCAAGAGCAGAUUAUAGUAUUCGACAAUGUAGUCACUAACUUAGGCGCUGAUCUGAUUGAGAGUAACAGUACGUUCGUUGCCCCUGUAACUGGAUAUUAUUACUUCUCUUUCACGUUGCGGUCGUUAGACGAUGACUACAUUGGAGCGUCGCUGAUGAUAAAUGAUAGGCAGUCCCCAGAGGCGUCCGUGUACACGGACCAAAGCAGCAGAAACAUUAUGCAGAGUCAGAAUAUUGUUCUGCAAUUGGCAGCUGGAGACAUGGUGUGGUUGAGGCUCGGUCCGUCAAACAAUUACGGCAUAUACAGUGACACCUACAACUUUUGCACCUUUAAUGGCUUUAUUUUAAGUGCUAGUACUACAUAGGUCUAUGUCAAUGAUCAUGUCGUACUGCCGUGUGCAUUGAACCAUGGAGGAUGGAACGUACUUUGUGUGUUUGGCAAGAUAUACAAGCGUUCCGUUUAUUUUUUAUGAGCAAACGCGCUUGUCGGCAUAUUUUAAAUGCAUUCCAGUGGUCUAAAUAAUUAUUUGAGUAUUCAUGAACAUCAUUGGAACAUUUUACUAUUUAUUACUGCUGAGUACAUGAUUAAAUUAAUUGCACAAAUUAGCAAGAGUUACUAGGGAUGGAAUCACCUUAUUAAUUAUCGUGAAACUGAUAUAUAAAAAUCGUACAGCUUGUUUUAGCGAUAGCAAUAUCAUUCUUUAGGCUAUAGAAAUAAUGAUACAACCUCCUAACAUUGAUAUACUCAUAUAAAGCAAAAUGAUAAUGAAAAGUGAUAAGAAUACAAUAAAUAAUGAAUACAAUAUACGAUAAUAUAAUCAUUAUAUUAACGAAGAAAAAUCGUAAAAUAGUAUUAUCGUGAUGACUUACUUGUAAUAGCUAAUGGUUUUUUGAUGGAUGUAGGCCAUGUCUACAUAUUUCCAACUAAAACAGAAAGUUCACGAACAAAGUUCUGAUUUUUCUAAAGACAACAAUAAUUAAAAACUAAAAUGAAAAAUACGAAGACCACGGUAACUCUUAGACACGAUUAUGAAAGAGACUAUUGUGAAGAUGACAAGCAGAUGUGGCGCCAGCCCCACCCCAAAACGCCGUCGGAGAGAAAAACCACAAUUCGUCGGGGAGAAAAACAAAUUAUAUGUAUUUUGUACAUAUUAGUACACACUAAAAUCGAUUAAAUAAGCCUUUAAACUCCUAAAUUGUCAAAAUUUUCGGGGGCUUCGCCCCCUCGACCACUUUCGCAUCAUUUUAAAUGACGCUCGGCCACUCCCACUAUUCUCUCGUCGGGGAAAUAUUCCCCCUUGUCGGGGGAAUCCCCUACCCGUCGGGGACCUCGGAACCCCUAUCGGGGAAAUCGUGGCGCCACCGCUGAUGACGAGGAAGAAAAGCAACUGGGUGCUUUAAUGAUAAGCGGCCAACGACGAAAACAACGACCAUGGAUGCAAUUCGGAGGAUAAACUCGACUAACCAGUCGAAGAUGAUGACAAAACAUCGUGUGCUGCGGUGUGGCUGUGUCUAUCGAUACGUUAAUGUGACUUUGUAUUUUAUCAAACAGUUACUGUAGAAUUAGAUGAUAAUAUAGCAUUUAUGAAAAACCGUAUUCGUCAAUUCAGGAUUUGAAUCCAAGAGCCACCCGCAUCCUCUUUUCUGCAGUUGCUUAAUUUACCAACUGAGAUAUGAGUCUUAGUUUAGUCUCAUUUGAGAACCGAACCAUAAAAAUGGAUGGUCUUCCUAAGAAUACAUUAUAAGUUUGUAAAAAAUGUCAUCUUCUUAUAACCUUACCUUCUUACCUCCCUACCUCCAGUUUAGUUCAGUUCAGUAUCAGGCAUCAUGAGACAUAAUUAGGUACGCGUCAAUGGUAUUAUCUAAUUGUGAAUCUAUUAUUUAGUGAAGUUUCGUUAUAGAAUAAUUAAUUAAGUGGAGAAUCGAAAGAAUUACGCCAAGAAUCUGUGUGCUACAGACCGUGAUUAGGCCUAACUGUGACACAUCGAUACCGAAUUUCAUGAUAUUAAUUGCUUAAUUUUUAGGUCUAUAAUUUAAAAAAAAAUAGAAUAAACAAACACUUUUGUUGCCAUUAAGCAAUAGAUUGCUGUGAAUUAUUACAUUUAUUAUUAUAAUGCAUUGAAAUCAAUGAAAACUGAUGUAUAUUUAUUUUUCUCCUAGUAAUAACUUUAAUAUUUCAUCGUUAUAAAACUCAUUUAAUGUUUAUGUCGUUCCCCAUUAUCUUUAAUGAUUAUUAUUUGUAAAUUUGUGAAGAUUAAAUUUGAAAUAUUUAAAAAA